GAAGAUUUAAUGAAAACUGCUGAAGAAGAUUUGAACAGAUCAGAGACGAGGAAGCGUUCGGUUACCUGGAAAUUAGAUGAAAAUGGGAAAGAUAAAGUAGAGGAAAAGAAGGAAGAAAUAAAAGAAGAAAAAGUAAUUGAAAAAGAAGUACCAAAAAAGGAAGAAGAAAUUAAAAAGGAAGGAUUUAUAUCGAAAGUUGGACGCUUAUUUUCUUUUGGUAAAAGUAAUGAAAAGAAGGAUAGUGAAAAACAGCAAAAGAAUGAAGUUGCUGUUAAUCUUCCAAAACUCUAUUUUGACCCAAAACAUGAAUGUAAAUGUUAUUUGUAUGUGGAAGGAGGGGAAGAGAAAAAGCCAAUUCCAGCCAAACUUGCAAUUGAAGACUUUUUAGAAAAUGAUAAUUACGACCCAAUUUCGGCAGAAAAAAGUUGGGAAAUCUGUCAAGAAGUGAAAGAAAUUUCUCUUGACGAAUUAGAAAAUUUGGGUAAUGGAAUUGAAGAAAGUACAAAAGAAAAAAGGAGAGAAAUGAUUCAAAAAAAGAGAGUAAACUUAAAAAGAUUGGAUUUUAUGUGUUCAAUUGUUGUGGAGAAAAGAAUGAAGAAAGUAGGUAAAUGGCUAGAAUGGAAUGCAAUAAUUUUACGUGAAUAUCAACUACUUUCUACACAACAAAAAAGCUUAAAUAACAACAAAAUUGAGGAUAGAAAAGAAGAAAAUCAAAAAAUUGAGGAUUUAGAAAAAUGCCAAAAAUUUAUCGAGUCAAUCCGUUCCCGCGAAAAAUAUGACUGGAAAAGUGAUAUACAACAACCAAUAAAAAAUUGGAGAAAAACUUUUGAUAAAAAUGGAUUGUGUGAUUCUGUAGCUACGGAAAUGUUUUUAAAUGAAGGAAAUGAAGUUUGUGAUCAAACAAGUAUUUGGUUAAAAAAUAAUGAAUUUGAAAAGGGUGAAGAAUAUAUGGAAAAUUUGGAGAGAAAAUGUUCUGCAUUAAAAUUGUAUACACACAAUAUGCAUUGGAAUGAAGAAAAGGACUAUUACGAAAUGGACAAUGGAUCUAUUGCUGAUAAACAAUUAGAAUGGCUAUUGAAGGCACUUAAAAAGAUAAACAUGUUAACAGUUGUAAGUAACGAGAUGAAAAAUGGCCAAAAAUGUGAUGAAAUUUUGAUUGAAGCAAAGAAAAUAGAAACUGACAAAAUUAAUGAUGAACUUCCUCUAUUAAUAAAAAAGAAAAAGGAAAUAACUGCUUGUCUUGAGCAAAUAAAAAAUAAAUUUAAAAAUGAGGCUAAAAAUAUAUGUGAAUCAGCAAAAAUAUUGAGAAAUAUUGAAAAACAAGUAUUCGAUUCUGAACACAUUGAAGAGCCCCAAUUUGCUAAAAGAAAAGAAAUUAUGGAGAAAAUGUUGGAAGAAUGCCAAGUUGUUGAAGAAAAAGAAGUGAAAGAUGGAAAAAAGAAAAUGGACCUUGAAAUGCCAGAAAAUGCUGAGGAUAGAGAAGAAACAAUAAUGAGAAUUUUGGAAUUUUCUGGAAUAAUUUGGGAAAGAGCAAUAAAUCAAAUAGGUAUGGAAUUUAAACCACCAAUACAUUGCCAACAUUUUGGGGAUGAAAUAUUACAAGAAAUUAUUAAUGGAAAUGAAAUGGAAGGAGUUGAAAGAGAUUUAUUUGAAAAAAUGGAACCUCAAUGUAUUUUGAAUUAUUCAAUUGAUUUGGGAAAAAGAGCAAAAAAAUUGGCCGAUGAAUGGGAUAUUGAAAUACCAGAGGAUUUAUUAAUGGAGUUAGAAGAGAGAGAAGAUUACUUUGGGGAAGACAAAGAAAAUGAGAAUUCAUCAAAGAAUAAAACAAAUGAAGAAUUAAAAAAUGAUAAUGAAAUUGAAGAAGAGUUUUAUGACUAUUCUCGGGCUAUUGUUCCAUAUAGAGGACCAAUGAAUUUACCCAAAAUUGAAGAGGAAGAGGAAAAAAAGGAGGAGGAUGAAAAAGAAAAUGAAGAUGUGAAUAAAGAAAUUAAAGAGGAGGAAAAAGUUAAGGAAGUGGAAGAAGUUAAAAAAGAAGAGAAAGAUGAAAAUGAAGAAAAGGAAGAGGAAAAUGAAAUUCCUAAACGUUAUAGAACUCGUACAAGAUUUACAAUCAAAAAUAAAAAUAGAGAGGUCACUGUAAAAUAUUCUCAUGAAUUCGAAACUGAAAUUUCUGAAGAAGAAAAGGAACCAAAAAGUAAGGAAAUAAAAAUUGAAAAUGAGAAGGAAGAAACUGGAAAUAAUUCAAUGAUGGAUACUAAAAGUGAAGAAAUUGAGAAGAAAGACAUAAUUCCAAAAGAUUUAAAAGGUGAAGAUAUUAGGGAAGAAACAGUUAAUGUUCACGAAUUGAAUUUAAAAAAGGAAGAAGAAACUCCGGAGAAACUCAGUCAAGAAUCGAAAAAUCCAAAAGAGGAGGAAAUUGAAGUGCACCAAACAAAUCCUUUAAAUGAAAAAAUGCUAAAAAUAAUAAAAUCAAAGGAAAAAGUCCAAUCAAAAGAAAAUUCUGUUAAAAAUGAGAAUAUCGAAAAAGAAAUGCCAAUUAUUGAAAAUAAACCGGAGGAAAAUCAAAACAAAAAAGAACAAAACAAAGAACCAAAACAAGAACCAAAGAAUCAAAACAAAACAGAGUCAAUCACUGAAGAUUUAGAAAAUAAAAAAUCGGAAACACCUCGUAAAAUAACUGCAAAAACAAAUGGAGGAGCACCUCUUAAUCAUAAAGAAAAUAAAGAAAUUCCACAGACUGAGACAAAACAAAUUUCCGAAAAACCAAAAGAAAUUGUUCAAUCUCCCCUAAAUAAUGCUCAAAAUGAAAUAAAAAAUCCUUUAAAUCAUCAUAAAAAUAAAGAAAUUUCUGAAAAAUUCCAAGUAAAAGAAAAUAUUCCAAAUAAACUUGAGAAUAAUGAAGAGAUUAAACAGAUUACCCCAAUAUUACCGCCACCAAAAGAAAAUGGAAAUAAUCAACAAAAUAAAUUAGGUAAAAAGCCUAAAAGUAAAAAACAAAAACGUAAAAAUGCUCGAAAGGGAAAAGGUAAAAAGAGAAAUAAAAAGAAAAAAAAUAAAAAUAAGAAAAAUAAUAAUGGCAAACAAGGCGGUAAUAAACCUGCACGAAAACGCCGAAACAAAAACAGGCGAAAAAACAAGAAUAAGCCAAAUCAAAUAAAUAAUACUCUGCAUGAAAUCGGAAAGGUUCAAGGUUUAAAUAAAGGGCAGGAAAAUCCAAAUGCUGGAAAGAAACAAGCUGAGAAUCAACCAAAGCCAGCUGAACAGUCAGUAUCAAAAGCAAUUGUUCCCCACGUAGCAAAGAAUAUUCCAAAGCUUCAUAAUAUUCCAAAUGCACCAAAUACAGCUUCAACACCUCCAAAUCCUCCACAUAAUAGAAAUAAUCGUCAUUCUCCAUCACCUUUAGGUCAAAAAGGAAAAAAUGGUCUUCCACCACACCCACAACCACCAUCUGGAAAUAAAAAUCAACCAAAUAAUCAUCAAGGACAAAAGCUACCAAAAAAACAAUUUAAAGGGAUUUCUCAUCCUGGCCCUUCCAUUUUCAGUAUCAAACAUGAAUUCCGCCCUGAUGGAUCAGUUCGAAUUCACACAAAAAUUUUGGGAGCUAAUCCAUUUGCUACAGGAAAUACUAAGCAUCGAUUUGGAUUGAAACUGAAUCGAGUGAAGCGUGGGGCUGAACAAUUUGGAAUUAAUAAUUAUGGAAAGGAAAAACAGAAUAAUCAGCCAAAAUGUUUAAAUGUCAACGUCUGUGAGAUUUAUAAGUUUUUGGAUUUGAGUGCAAUUAAGUGGUGGUGGUGUAGAGAUAUAGAGAAGGAUGAUGCUUUGGAAAUAGUCAAGAAUAUUAACUUGUUAAUUGAAGAUAUUGGCUGUGUAGAGGAUAAUAAUAAAUGCAAAAAAGAAGAAGAAGAAGGUGAUUACCAAAUUAAAGCUGAACAGCAUGUUGAACAAUUCUUUGAAAAAGUUCUUGUUGCAAGCGGGAUCGACGAAAUGAGUCAAAAUGGUGAUUAUAUGGAUUCUGAAUGUUUAAUAAAACUUUCUAAUACAUUAACUGAGAAGAAAAAAGAAAUAUGUGGACGUUUUAUGGAAGAAAAAGAUGACAACGAUCAAAAUGAAUUUAAUGAAGGAUUGGAUGAGGAAGAAAAAGAAGAAUUCACUAAACUUUGUAGUGAAAUGGAAAAAUGA